UUGUAAAGUGGAAACAAUUGAUUGUUAUGACGGGAGGAGUCCAAACUUUGUGACUUCGACCCACGCUCACCUUGAUCUCCUCAUCGCACGGCUGCUGUUUUCUCUGCCGUUCAUUCAUUUACUGCUGCAUCAGAACACGCAUACAUCCACCGUACAAAGGACUAUCGCAAGAUCUUACCUCGUCGCUGCUCAGCUCGACAGAUGGAACGCUAUGCGAAGAUAGAGAAAGUCGGCGAAGGCACCUACGGUGUUGUAUACAAGGCCCGGGAUACCAGUUCCAACACUAUCGUGGCCCUGAAGAAGAUACGGCUCGAAGCAGAAGACGAGGGCGUUCCGAGCACUGCAAUCCGUGAAAUCAGUCUCCUGAAGGAGCUAAACGACGACAACAUCGUGAGGCUGCUGGACAUCGUUCAUGCCGACCAGAAAUUAUACCUCGUAUUUGAAUUCUUAGAUGUGGAUCUCAAGCGCUACAUGGACCUUGCCAACAAGAAUCAAACACCUAUCACCUUGGAAAUGUCCAAGCGGUUCUUGCAUCAAUUGAACUCAGGAUUGGUCUAUUGUCACUCUCAUCGGAUUCUUCAUCGCGACUUGAAACCGCAAAAUCUCCUCAUUGACAAGCACAAUAAUCUGAAACUGGCCGACUUUGGACUUGCGCGGGCGUUCGGCAUACCCAUGAGGACUUACACUCAUGAGGUCGUAACGUUGUGGUACCGAGCGCCCGAAGUGCUUCUUGGAUCCCGCCACUAUUCGACGGCAGUCGACAUGUGGUCAGUCGGAACCAUAUUUGCAGAGAUGGCCUGUCAGGGGCAGCCGCUCUUCCCCGGUGAUUCUGAAAUAGACCAAAUCUUUAAGAUAUUCCGGAUUUUGGGAACACCGACCGAGGACAUGUGGCCAGGCGUGAGUGCUUUGCCCGAUUAUAAGCCUACAUUCCCCCGUUGGAGUGUGCAAGAUGUCUCUCGGGUAGUCCCGGAUUUGGAUCCAGCGGGGAUUGACAUGCUUAAACGUCUCCUUGCUUAUGAUUCGGCUAAGCGUAUUUCAGCGAAACGUGCACUUAAGCAUCCUUACUUUGCUGAUUAUGAGUCCGACUCAAGUUCAAGUUCUUAAUUCGCUCUCCUCCCUUCAUUCGUUCACUCUUAUUGCGACCGCUUUUGGUGUUGUUGUUAAGUAUAUAGUACACGGUAAACGUAUGACCCCACCUUGUUAUUGGUCUAUUUUUCGAUCUUCUACUUAUCCAUUCUUCAUCACGACGCAAGC